AAAACAGAAAGGAGAAGAAGAAAAGAAUCACAGAACAAUUAUUAACAUUACCUAAACAUGAUGGAUGAAAACAGUAAAGAAGAGGAAGGAAGAGGAGAGACUGGCCCACAACCUUCAGAUGGGGGACCAGUUGACACCAGUGCUGACUCUCCUGUUGAGGGGGUGCAAGGGAGCUUAUCUUUGGAAGAAGAAGCCCUGGCAAUGUUUGACAUGCUUGAAGAAAUGGAAGAAUUGUAUGAAGAUGAAGAUGAUCAGUUUGUAGACCUGUCCCUGGCAAGGGAGGAUGAUAUGGAUGCUCUGUUCCCAAUGUUGGCAUCAGCUCUAGGAAGUGAGCAAGAGGACCAGUUGCACUCAGAGAUAACCGAAUUUGACACAGAUGAAUAUGUUGAAGCUUUAUCUUCAUUUAUGGGCUUAACUCAACUGGAAGAUGAAGAACAUGAUAGCGAAGAGGGUGAGGCUGAUGGUGGGCAUUCAACUAGCAAUGCUUGGAAUAAACUUGGCCAGGAAGCAAUCAAGUACUUCAAAAGAGCUCCAGUUUUCCACUGCAUGUUGGGAACGUUUGCCGCUGAUAGUCCUGUUGAGAUGCAACAAGAAGAGGAAGGAAGAGGAAGAGGGGAGGCUGGUCCACAGCUUUCAGAUGAGGGAGCAGCUGGCCCAAGUGUUGAGCCUCCUGUUGAGGGGGCGCAAGAUAAGGAAGAGAGUUCAUCUCUGGAAGAAAAAGCCCAGGCAAUGUUUGCAGAGCCUGAAGAAAUGGAAGAAUCUCAUGAAGAUGCAGAUGAGCAGCUUGCAGGCAUGUCCCAAGCAAUGGAGGCUGACAUGGAAACUCCACCUCCAACACUGGCAUCAAGUCCAGGAAAGGAGAAAGUGAGCCAGUUGCCCUCAGAGUGCACCGAACUCGAUGUAGAUGAAUUUGCCGACGCUUUAUCAUCAUUUGCGGACUUAAAUCAACCAGAAGGAGAAGAACAUGAUCGUGAAGAAAAUGCUGGUGGCGGAGCUUUACCUAGCAGUCCUUGGAAUAAACUUCGUCAAGAAGCAGUCAAGUACUUCAAAAGAGCUCCAGUUUUCCACUACAUGCUGGGAACUUUUGCCACUGAUGCUCCUGCUGAGAGGCCACAAAUGAAGAGACGACAAGAAGAGGAAGGGAGAGGAAGAGAGGAGACUGGCCUCGAACCUUCGGAUGGGGGAUCAGCUGGCACCAGUGCUGGUCCUCCUGUUGCGAAGCCAAAAAUAAAGAGACGACAAACACCAUCAAAGCAUUCCUGA